AUGAGGAGUCCUGAUACAAUUGCAGAGGUCUGGCCCGACAUGUGGCCGACGCAUUUCGCCUGCUGUUUAAUAACUAGGUCUGGUAUAAUUUUAUUCACAGCAGGCUACGCUGUAAGUUCCGGGGAUUUGUUAGCUCUACAAUUGCCCGCAAUCUACAGUAGUGCUACCCAUCGGAAUGUCGAAAUUAGCAAGAUAUCACUUCGGAGUGGUAUGCUCAUUGGACAAUUGAUCUUUGGGAUUGUGGGUGACUUAUACGGAAGAACGAGGGCAUGCAACAUAACAUUGCUUCUCAUAUUGUUCAGCACUCUCUCUAUUGCCUGCUUGGGGGAUGGUCCAGGCCUUCAGAUUUCCAGUAGCUUGGUGAUAAUGCGGGUCAUUCAGGGAGUGGGAAUUGGGGGGUCGUAUCCCUCAACCACAUUGAUGGUGUCAGAAUACGCCCCGACUAAUAAAAGACCAAUAAUGCUGGCCGCUAUUUUCUUAUGGUAUAUAUGCGGUUCUUUUUAUGCCAAUGCAGUAGCGGCUAUAACGCAGGUCAAGUCAGAUCAAAUUGAUAGUAUAUGGCGCUUUGUUGUUGGCUUUGGGCUCAUCCCGGGGGUUGCUGCUUUUGGCCUUUUACAACUGUGGAAGAUUUCCGAAACGCCAGUAUUUAGAGAAAAUCACAGACAAAACAGAGGAGUGUUGUUGUGGGGCAGGGACUUUCUCAAUUACCUGUGCGAUAAUCGCAAAACAUAUUUUGCGAUAUGUGGCGCUUGGUUCGCCGCAGAUGCUGUCGCCUAUGGUUAUCGUUCAGAUAUACGUCCGAGCGAUAUAAACGUCAAUCAGGAUAACACAAACAUGAGUGGAGUGUUAAUUGAUAAUGUCAUUCGCGUGUUCUUUGGUUCCGUAUUAGGAGCCUUGGCUACGCUCGUCUUUAUUUCGUAUUUACCGCGCAAAGUCAUAAUGAUUGUUGGGUUUGCUGCCUCGGCCAUUCUGUUCGCCGUUUUUGGAUUCUUUCCAGGCAAGAUGGGAUACAUCUCCUAUCUGACUCUUUCUACGAUGAUCAUGUUUGCCCAGAAUUUUGGGCCUAAUGCACUUACCUUUAUCGUUGCUGCGGAGCUGUGGUGCACACAAUACCGUUCGACUUCCUACGGUAUUGCAUCGGCUUAUGGCAGACUAGGAACUAUUACCAGCUACACAAUAUUUAGAGUUUUUGCAAUCGAUAGCGACAAGACUUUUAUAGGGCCUCUCAGUCUUAUCAUCGUUAUG